AUGUCAAGUAGGAGAAUUGAAAACGACGACAACAAUCAGCCACGACUGAAAUUGCCCAUAAACGCCACAUCAUCACCAGCAGCAGCAGCAGAUGGGUUCUCGCUGAGGAUUGGUACCCCGAUUCGACUAAAUAGUCCCCACAUGUCAAUAGCAGAUCUAGCAGCAGCCAAGAAUCUAGGCGGUGGAAAUAUAUCUCAUCACCAUUUGCUUGCCCAUUUGGCAUCGUCUUCGCAGAAAAUGUCCUCGUCAGAGUCGACGUCGAUGAGUAGUGGCACAUUGCAUAAUCCGAAACCUCGAACCUCUAGUCAGGCGCCACAGUUGUCACAAAUAGACAGCGACUUGGAAUCGAUAUCGUCGCCACUUGCAACGUUCCCUUCAACCCCAAACUCGGUCGACCUCGAAGUUAUGCCAACUUCGACACUGCAUAGUAAUUUGCCCAAACUUGUACAUUCAUGGUCACAUACCCAUUCCAUACUAUGUUGCAUCGCGUCGCCAAAACAUGACUUGUUGUAUUGCGGAACUCAAGACGGCAAGGUGUUGAUUUUCGACAUGAUGACCUACAGCUUAAAACAAGUGAUUGAACGCGGUGGAGCUACUCAUCAGAUAAAUUCCGUGUUGACCAUGACCUUGAACAAAGACGAAGAUGUCUUGUUCGUGGCUGGCUCAGAUUCGUUGGUGAAGGUAUACGAUGUGAAUGGAUUUGUUUGCACCCACAUUAUCUAUUCCCUCGUUGACAUUGGCGACAUUUUCUCCGUGGCCUGGUGUGACAAGUUUCAAACCUUGUACAUUGGAGCACAAAAUGCCAGCAUCUUGUGGUGCAACUUAUCCUAUGGCGAUAGCACAAAUCUCGAAAAUUUGCCUCAUCUUCGAUACGAUAAAUUUUUCGACUCCAAAGGUCCCGGUGGGUCUCAAAAUACUAUCCAGACAAGGCACGAUUUGUUCCGCAAGAAUUCAAGAAGCAGUACCAUAAGCUUGGCGGAUGUGACACAGGCGAGGAAAAUCAAAUUCAUCGAGUGCAAAUCGGAGGAUAUAGUGCGGUUUGCCCAUCACGGCUAUGUCUAUUGUCUUGAAAUUGUCGAUACCGUUGUUGGCCACUUUAAAGAAUGCAAGUAUCUCAUUUCUGCCGGCGGAGAUGGACUAGUCAACAUUUGGUCAAUGGAUUCAAAGUUGACCAAAUUGGCGUCGCUACAAAAUGACGAAUCCGUCUUGUCGAUGACCAUCCAGGACUCGCUAUUGUAUGUCGGACUCGGCGAUUCAUACAUCAAUGUCUGGGACUUGAUGACACUACAGUUGAUUAGGUCGUUCCAGUUUGAAGAUAGCGGCAUCAAUGAGGUGCUUAGUCUUGGCGUGUACGGCGACUCGUUGUUCAAGGCGUGUGCAACUUCGGGCUUGGUCAAGCUUACCAUGAAGUACAGAGAUGUGGCCAACAGCGUGAUUAUGAGUCCCAUUGCAGAUCACGGAGUCAUCAAUACCGUUAAAAUUUUCAAGUUAAAGCAAACUACGUAUUUGCUUGCAGGAGGCAACAAGUCGUUGAUGUUGUGGGAUAUAUCCGAUGGCAGCGAGGUGGAGGAGCUUCUUCACUCUUCGACACCGCUGUCUAAAUGCACAAGAUUAACCGAUAAUGAUCUUUUAUCGAUGUUGAAAAAAUACAUUUCCUACAAAACCAUUAGCAAGAACCCCAGUCUUUAUCUCGAGGAUAGCCGACAUUGUGCUCAAUUUUUGGCCAAAUUGUUGAAUAAUUUUGGCGCCUACCAAACCAAACUACUCCCCGUUCGAGAUGGGAACCCCAUUGUGUUUGCCGAGUUUAAAAAGAAUGCCGCUGAAGCUGAAGCUGAAGCUCAUGCAAAAGCUAAUUCUAAAAUCGAGAGGGUGCUUUUUUAUGCACAUUACGACGUUGUUGAUGCCACCAGAAACGAAGCAAAGGACUGGAGCACUAACCCCUUUAUCUUGACAGCCAAAGAAGGCAAUCUCUACGCGAGAGGCGUUAGUGACAACAAGGGCCCCACAUUAGCGGCAAUAUACGCUGUUGCCGAACUUUUCUCCCAGGGAGAAUUGAGCUGCGAUGUUGUGUUUAUAAUCGAAGGCGAAGAAGAAUGCGGCUCGAUUGGUUUCCAAGAUGUUAUUCACCACCACAAAGCUUUGAUUGGGGAAAUCGAUUGGGUAAUGUUGAGCAACUCGUAUUGGUUGGAUGACAUCACCCCUUGUUUAAACUAUGGUCUACGUGGAGUUAUCAAUGCCAACGUCACCAUAAAAUCAGACAAGCCGGAUCGGCACUCUGGUGUCGAUGGCGGUGUGAGCAGAGAGCCGGUGAUGGACAUGAUGCAAUUACUCAGCACAUUGAUGGACCCCGUGACGCAGCACAUCAAAAUCGAUGGUUUCUACAAUGAUAUUUUACCACUAACACCAUCUGAAGAAUCAUUAUAUGAAAAAAUUAAUCAAAUGCUGAACACUUUGAUUGACAUUGAAGUGUUGAAAGCGAAAUGGAGACAGCCAUCCUUGACGAUCCACAAGAUUCAAGUCUCGGGCCCCAACAACAACACCGUGAUUCCCCAGCUCGUCAAGGCCACCAUCUCGAUCCGGAUAGUGCCGAAUCAGGACUUGGAUUCAAUCAAGCUCAAGUUGGUUAACCAUUUGCACGCGGCGUUUGACCACCUUGCAUCGGAAAACUCGCUCCACGUUAACAUUUUCUACGAGGCCGAGCCGUGGUUGGGCGACCCCAAAAAUAAAGUCUACCUGAUACUAUACCGCAACAUUGAAAAGCACUGGCGGCAAGAGCCGCUUUUUAUAAGAGAAGGCGGGUCGAUUCCAAGCGUGCGCUUUUUGGAAAAAUGCUUUAAUGCACCAGCGGCGCAGAUCCCCUGUGGUCAGUCUAGCGAUAAUGCACAUUUGAAGGAUGAAAAAUUGAGGAUUUCAAACUUGUUCAAGUUGAGGAGUAUUUUGAAGGAUACACUUCAGGAAAUCGGUCAAAAAUGA